CAAAGACAGAACUAAAGCACCUCACUCUGCCCUCAAGAAGAAGAAGUAAAAGCAGAAGAAGAAGAAAGAUGUUGCUAGACAAAAUGUGGGACGACGUCGUUGCGGGGCCUCAGCCUGAUCGUGGCCUUGGCAAGCUCAGAAAAAUCAGCACCAAACCCCUAGAUGGUGAACGAGAGACGAGCAAGUUUCAGAGGUCCCUCUCGAUGCCAGCCAGUCCAGGGACACCUUCCACGCCGGUGACGCCCACGACUCCUCUCUCGGCUCGCAAGGACAACGUGUGGAGGAGCGUUUUCAACCCCGGUAGCAACCUUGCCACCAAGGGUCUUGGUGCUCAGCUGUUUGACAAGCCACAGCCAAAUUCUCCAACUGUCUAUGACUGGCUUUACAGUGGAGAAACCAGAAGCAAGCAUCACUGAGUCAACGAGGAUUGCCAUGUAAAUAUCGUCGUUUUGUUUGCUUAUCCUCAUUGCUUCCUUGUCGUUUUCAGUCUACAAGUAUUUUAUCUUUUGUGGGAAAAAUGCAAUGUUGUAACGGUUGAUUGAUCUUCGCCAAGUCGAGAUCUGCCGUGGACGGUGGCGAUGGAGCUACUUUUGUUAUUAAAUAAAUAAAUUGCAUAUUACCUUUUUCAAUGAAAUAAUCUUAUUCAGAAUUUCGGAUUCA